AUGCACGCCGGUCUCGUUCUUUCCGGCCUCGUGGCCCUCGUGGCCGCCACUCCUACGGUCGAGAAGCAGCUCCCCAACCGUGCUGCCUCUCUCCCCGCCGUCACCGCGUCUGGAAAUGCUUUCUGGGUCGGCAACGAGCGAUUCUAUAUCCGUGGCAUUGACUACCAACCCGGCGGCUCCUCCUCCGACGAUGACCCGCUCGCCCAUCCUGACAUCUGCCUCCGCGAUAUCGCCAAGUUCAAGAAGUUGGGCGUUAACACCAUCCGUGUCUACAUGGUCGACAACACCCUCGAUCACGACGAGUGCAUGACGGCCCUUGCCGAGGCCGGCAUCUACUUGGUCUUGGACGCCAAUACCCCCAAGUACUCUAUCAACCGAAAGGACCCUUUCCCUUCGUACAACGGCGCCUACCUCCAAAACGUCUUCGCCACCAUUGACGUCUUCCAGAAGUACGACAACACCCUCGCCUUUUUCUCCGGAAACGAGGUUAUCAACGAGGAGCCCGGUACCACAAUCAGCGCUCCCUACGUCAAGGCCGUCACUCGCGACAUGAGGAGGUACAUCAAGGAGCGCAAGUACCGCGGCAUCCCCGUCGGCUAUUCUGCUGCCGAUGUCUCCGAGAACCGUAUGCAGACUGCCCACUACUUCAACUGCGGCCCCGAUGACACCCGCUCCGACUUCUUUGCCUUUAACGACUACUCGUGGUGCAGCUCCAACUACACCGUCGCCGGUUGGGAUAGGAAGGUUGCCAACUUCACUGGUUACGGUCUUCCCAUUUUCCUUUCCGAAUAUGGCUGCAACACCAACAAGCGUGACUUUGGCGAAGUGGAGGCCCUCAUGAGCAGCGAGAUGACCGGUGUCUACUCGGGUGGUCUCAUGUACGAAUACACAAUGGAAACCAACAAGUACGGUAUUGUAAAGAUCAGCAGCUCCGGCGAGGUCACCGAGCUCGACGAAUUCGCCAACUUCCGCAGUGCUCUUGCCAAGUACCCCGCUCCUUCUGGUACCGCUGGCGCCACGGCCACCACGAGCGCCGUCGAUUGCCCUGCCCAGGAUGCUGCUUGGGAGGUUGACCCUGAUAUCCUUCCUGCCAUGCCUACCACUGCCGAGAAGUACUUCUCCGAAGGUGCCGGUACCGGACAAGGUUUUGCCGGCCUCGGCUCUCAGACCGACUGGGACUCGGGUGUUUCUGCCCAGAAUAUCACUGGCACUAGCAAGUCGGGCCCUGGCGCGGGCUCCGGUACCUCGGAGGACGCUGCUGGCCGUCUGAACCUCGGCGCCGGUGCCAUCUUCGUGACUGGCGGUGCCCUCGCCUUCAGCCUGUUUGGCACCCUCCUUCUCUAA